AUGGAGCCUAAUAGAGAAACUCAAAUGAUGGGAGUUUAUAUGCUGCCUCCUGAUUUAGGUGACCACUUAGACAACACCAUAAGCAGGGACCAAACUGCAAGCUUGGACAAGCUUUUACACAUCCAAAAGGUCGAAAUCGAGCACAUGGAUAGCCAAGAUUUCAAAGUCCAUCAGUUUUCGCUAUAUAUUAAAAUGGGUUGAAGCAACAGCCAACACUUUAAAGCCAAGGCAAACUUGAGCGGAAUUCGAGCAGAGAAUCGAGUGCAGAUUCUGUAGAGUUGUAUUCAGUAAGUUUUGGCUGCUUUCAGAUCUUGGAUAUUACCCUAACGACAAGCCGAGGCUUUAUGUCCGAGCCGUUGGGAAUCUAUCCUAUGCAGCUAAAAAUGAAGGCUUUUGACACCUGACAGACGCCCAGGAUCUAUCAUUUGAACCAAUCUACUAGAAUUAUUGUUUGCAGAGCUGCAGAAGCCUAUUAAUCACCCGCACAAGACUAAAUUCUCAAGGCAAGGAGGAGAUGGACUAUGCUGGUUAUAGCGGGGUUCUUCGUCUCAAAGAGGAUGAGCCUCCUGUAAAGGAUGUCCAUAGUGACUACGUUACCUGCCGUUUAAUAACCGAACUUAACCAUCAGCUUCCGCUCGCAAGAGUCAAAAAGAUCAUGAAAUCAGACGAAGACGUCAGGAUGAUCAGCGCUGAAUCCCCUGCUGUGUUUGCAAAGGCGUGCGAGUUUUUUAUCAUAGAACUUACUCAUCGAUCUUGGGCAUAUACAGAAGAAGCGAAGCGAAGGACUUUACAAAGGAACGACAUCGAAGCUUGCAUAAAUAAAACAGACAUUUUUGAUUUCCUUCAAGAUCUGUCUGGAUAA